AUGUUCAAGGCGGCCGGUCGUAUUACGGUAAUCAAGCUAGGUUUUUGGGUAACAAAAUGAAAAAUUGGGUACUUUUUGUGACGUAACUUAUCUUGUAACCUCGAGAAAUAGGCCCUUAACAAAUUGCAAGAAAGAAAAAAAAAAUUAAAAAAGUUUCCUGGCUCCGAAACUGACGGCGCAAUAUGACCGGCCGCCGUACCACUGUCUUAUAUAAACAUGCGUGACAGGCUUGUGCGUGAGGCCUGGCUCAGGGCAUUGGCCCUUAUUUUUUUGAGAAAAAGUCUCAAAAAAUACGGGCUUGGAAAAAAAAAAUUUAAAAUUUCAUUGAAAACAUAUCCACCAAAAAAUUCUUUUUUUUUAAAUCGUAGUUUUGUUGAGCUCUAAGUCGAAAAAUGUGACUUUUGUCGUAAAAUACUUGAUAUUCGAAAAAAAUUGCGCUUUUUGGGCCUUGCCAGCGAUUUUUUCUUGAGGCUCCGCUAAGGCCGGGCCGGGCUCAGAAAAUAGCCGGGGGCCGAGAGGCUGACGGGACGAUUCCUAGAAUCGCACAGAAACGUCCGGAGCAC